AGCCGGGCUCCGGGCGGCGGCGGCCGCGGAGCGGCAGCCUCGGCGCGACGUGGAGGCUUGGAGGCGGCGGCGAUGCACUAGGCCUCGCUCUGGGGCGGCUGCCCGGGACCCGCAGUUGAGUGGUGAUUUUAUGCAAUGGCUUCAAGCCACAGUUCUUCACCAGUGCCUCAAGGAAGCAGCAGUGAUGUUUUCUUUAAAAAAGAGGUAGACCCGACAAAACACGUUCGACCUGUGCAGUCACUGCCAGAUGUGUGUCCCAAGGAACCCACAGGUGAUUCAAAUAGUUUAUGUGUUGCCCCAUCUCUAGUUACAGAUCAACAUAGAUGGACUAUAUAUCAUUCCAAAGUAAAUCUCCCAGCAGCAUUAAAUGAUCCUAGAUUAGCAAAAAGAGAAUCUGACUUCUUCACAAAAACAUGGGGAUUGGACUUUGUGGACACUGAAGUCAUACCUUCAUUCUACCUCCCACAGAUCAGCAAGGAACAUUUUACAGUAUAUCAACAGGAAAUCUCUCAGAGAGAGAAGAUUCAUGAGAGAUGCAAGAAUAUUUGUCCCCCUAAAGAUACCUUUGACAGAACUCUCUUACAUACUCAUGAUAAAUCCAGGACAGAUCUGGAGCAAGUACCUAAGAUUUUUAUGAAACCAGAUUUUGCCUUGGACGAUUCCUUAACUUUUAAUUCAGUUUUACCAUGGUCUCAUUUUAAUACUGCUGGUGGAAAAGGAAAUCGUGAUGCAGCUUCCUCAAAGUUGCUACAAGAAAAGCUGAGCCAUUAUCUGGAUAUUGUGGAAGUAAACAUUGCUCACCAGAUCUCUCUACGUUCAGAAGCAUUUUUUCAUGCAAUGACCUCUCAACAUGAAUUGCAGGACUACCUCAAGAAAACUUCCCAGGCUGUAAAAAUGCUUCGAGAUAAAAUUGCACAGAUUGAUAAAGUAAUGUGUGAAGGAUCACUACACAUUUUAAGACUGGCACUUACCAGAAAUAAUUGUGUUAAAGUAUAUAAUAAACUGAAAUUAAUGGCCACUGUACACCAGACUCAGCCUACAGUACAGGUGUUGUUAUCUACUUCUGAAUUUGUUGGAGCAUUGGACUUAAUAGCAACAACACAAGAGGUUCUACAGCAGGAACUUCAGGGCAUUCAUAGCUUCCGGCAUUUGGGAUCACAGCUUUGUGAAUUAGAAAAACUGAUAGAUAAAAUGAUGAUUGCAGAAUUUUCUACUUAUUCUCACAGUGACUUAAAUAGACCAUUGGAAGAUGACUGUCAAAUUUUAGAAGAGGAAAGACUAAUCUCUCUUGUAUUUGGACUUUUAAAACAAAGAAAACUUAAUUUUUUAGAAAUAUAUAGUGAAGAAAUGAUUAUUACAGCAAAGAAUAUCAUUAAACAGUGUGUGAUUAAUAAAGUUUCACAAAUAGAAGAUAUAGACACAGAUGUUGUUUUGAAGCUUGCAGAUCAGAUGAGAAUGUUGAAUUUUCCUCAGUGGUUUGAUUUACUAACAGAUAUUUUCUCCAAGUUUACAAUUUUCCUACAGAGAGUUAAGGUAAGCUUAUGUGAUUUAUCAGUUUGUCCAGAAUAUUCCUAAAAUUGUUGGCUUUCUAGACACAAAAAUUUGAAUAAAACAAAAUUUUUUAUUUUUGAAAUUUUUCUAAAGGAGCUUUGU